AUGUCUUCCAAUCCAGGCUAUUCCAGCCACAAAGACGGAUCCUCCAAAAGGAUCGAUCGCAACCACCAAAACCGUAUCAUUAAACCGCGCAACGUCUACCCGCAGGGUUUCCGCGGCCAGGGAGUCAACGUCCCGCCAACCACUACCUCCGGAGGCAAUCAGAAGAAUGAGAACCAUGACAACGGCGGAAACUACAAAAUUACCGGCCAGGAAAUGAUACAGCAGCCCAGUGUCCCCAGCCAAGGAUUUGUUCCUCAGGAAGUCGUGACCUUUAAGUCAGGCAAUAUCAAUCAGCGAGGCAAUUUCAACCAGCCAGGCAAAUCCAACCAGCCAGGCAAUGUCAAUCAGCGAGGUAAUGUCAAUCCGCCAGGCAAUUUCAACCAGCCAGGUAAUAUCAACCAGCGAGGUAAUAUCAAGCAGCCAGGCAAUAUCAACCAGCCAGGCAAUAUCAACCAGCCAGGCAAUUUCAACCAGCCAGGCAAUGUUCACCCAGGUGUCUACCGCCAGGGACCACAGGGUGUGCAGCGACUGAACAUCCAUCAAGGUAACGUCGGCCAACAAGGCAAUGCACACUCAGGCGUUUACACGCAGAAACCACAGGAUGUACAGCAGUUGAACACCAACCAAGGUAGCGCCAAGAAAGGCAAUGUGAACCCAAGCGUCUACACCCAGGGACCACAGGGUGUGCAGCGACUGAACAUCCAUCAAGGUAAUGUCGGCCAACACAAUGCACACUCAGGUGUUUACCCCCAGGGACCGAUGAAGCUUGAGCAGUUGAACAACCUCGGAGGCCGUUUCCCCCAACAAGGCUCUCUGAAUCAACAGGGUACCAAUACCAACUCACAGAACGAAAUCCACAACCAGCAAAAGCCAGCGUUUCAGACAAUCAAUCCCGACGCCUGGAACGGACAAUUUUCCGGUGCCGAAGCACCCAGGCCCAUUGAUACGAAGGAAGGUUUACUAAAAGCUUUGAACCGUAGUUUCGACAUCGACACCAUACUCAGCCAAAAUAACAAGAUGUUGACGAUAGCCGCAGCGUUGCAUGACUACGGCCUUACAAACCCCAUCGAGGAAGGUCAAACCGCCAAGGAAGCGGCUGAUAAUCGACGUCUCGAAUUCAACUGGAUCAUGGAUUCUAUAGAGAACAACCUUAACUACCUUGAAGCUCGUUUCCGCCGUGACGAGGCUAACAUGGAAAAGGGAGGAUAA